CCACGGACUCGGGUACCACGAUCGCGUGAAGCGCAGCGUCCAGGAUGCGCCCGGCGCCCUCGCCCCGCUCCCCGUAGGCUCCGUGCUCCUGGGCGUGUGGGAUCUGCCCGCGUGCCUCGGGAUGCUCCGCCCCGCGAGCGCCCGGCUGCGAGCGCUUUGCAAGGAGGGAUGAGGUCUGCGUGUGCCGAGGCUCGGGCUGUGCUCGCAGCCCCGGAUUGCGGCGCUAGACCCGGCCGGUCGGCAGGGCGGUCCUGCUCUAGCUCGGAGAAGGAUUUCAGAUGCAUGCCAGGUUUCUACUGAUUGCCAGAAUUCGAGAUCACUACACAUGGAUCCCCAAAAUCAACAUGGCAGUGGCAGUUCAUUAGUUGUGAUCCAGCAGCCUACAUUGGAUAGCCGUCAGAGGUUAGACUAUGAGAGAGAAAUUCAGCCUGCUGCUAUUUUGUCUUUAGACCAGAUCAAGGCCAUCAGAGGCAGUAAUGAGUACACGGAAGGGCCAUCUGUGGUGAAAAGACCUGCUCCUCGAACAGCACCAAGACAAGAAAAGCAUGAAAGGACUCAUGAAAUCAUACCGAUCAAUGUGAAUAAUAACUAUGAGCAUAGACCUACAAGCCACCUGGGACAUGCAGGACUCUCAAGUAAUGCCAGAGGCCCCAUUUUGAGCAGAUCGACCAGCACUGGAAGUGCAGCCAGUUCUGGGAGCAACAGCAGUGCCUCUUCAGAACAGGGACUGUUAGGAAGGUCACCACCAACCAGACCAGUCCCUGGGAAUAGAUCCGAGAGGGCAAUCCGGACCCAGCCCAAGCAGCUGAUUGUGGAUGACUUGAAGGGUUCCUUGAAAGAGGACCUGACACAGCACAAGUUUAUUUGUGAACAGUGUGGGAAGUGCAAGUGUGGAGAAUGCACAGCUCCCAGGACCCUGCCCUCUUGUUUGGCCUGCAAUCGUCAGUGCCUUUGCUCUGCUGAGAGCAUGGUGGAAUACGGAACCUGCAUGUGCUUAGUCAAGGGCAUCUUCUACCACUGCUCCAAUGAUGAUGAAGGGGAUUCUUACUCGGAUAAUCCUUGCUCCUGUUCACAGUCACACUGCUGCUCUAGGUACCUGUGUAUGGGAGCCAUGUCUCUAUUUUUGCCUUGCUUACUCUGUUAUCCUCCUGCUAAGGGAUGCCUGAAACUGUGCAGGGGGUGUUAUGACUGGAUCCAUCGCCCAGGCUGCAGAUGUAAGAACUCCAACACUGUUUAUUGUAAGCUGGAGAGCUGCCCCUCCAGGGGUCAGGGUAAACCAUCAUGAUUUUUGGAAGUGGGUUGGACCUCCUGAACUUCUGGCUUUCAAGCUGUGGCUCUUAAAAAGAUUCUAUUAGAUACUGGUUUUAUUUUCUUUACAAUUUUCCCGCCUUUCUUCCCCUGUUCCCAAGGUUUGACUCAUGGAUCUUACUCUUCUCAAACGGAUGAUCUUCAGUAAGAGUGGACUGUGAAACUGCACCUGGUUCCCACUUACAGCAAGAGCCUCUGCCAUCCACUGAAGAGGGUAUUGAGAGCUAGUGGGCUUUUGUGUAGCCUUUUUGUUCUGCAAGCAGCUUUUCAGAAUUGUUGUAUAUGUGAACAUACCUAGCUAGACACCUACCCAGUCACUCUACAGUGAUUUAGAGCUGUUUUUGAUUGGGUACUCUGGGAGCAGGGAAAAUGAUUUUUAAAGAAGCGACGUUUUUAUUGCUUAAAUAAGCUAUGGUAUUAAGUCUGUCUCCAGUUAGGGCUAUCUUCAUAGCAUUGGACCCUCAAGAAGCGUGGGGGAUAUAUUUUUGUUAUAACAUAAAAAUUUUUCCUUUAACCACUGCCCUUUACUUGCCCCCAAAGUUCUUUCUCCUCAAUUCUUAUUCUGCAGAUGCCAGGUAUUUUUCUUUCGUAUGUAAUCUUAGAUUUGCUUUACAAUGUAAAUCUUCACAUUGGAGAUAUAUUGGUUGUAUCUUGCUCAUCUUUAUUCUGGCUUUCAUAUUUGUGAAGGAUUCAACUGCCUUCCUUCCACACCCCACACUUUUUACCAAAUUUCUCAUCAUUGAGGGCACUUGGGUAACUGAAGUUGAUAUUUAUAGCUGAUCGAUCUAUAGGUGUCACAGAAUUAUGCUGCCUAAAGUGAUCUUGGCCCCUUAAUGGUCCUUUUGGUCCCUUGGUGAGUUAACAGCUGAGUAAUUCUAAUUUUUUUGUGUGUGUUUUCAUCGCCUUAACCACAAAUUGUGGUGCUUUUUGUAUAUUUUAUGUAUAAAUCACAAAGUUGAAUUCUGACUAUUUUUAAGACAAAAGUCUGUUAAACUUUUUUAUUGUAAAGAAUAUUUAUUAUGCGAAUCUCUAUUAUUUUAUGAUAUUUAUUGCAAAAGACUGUUGAAAUGUACUCAUGUCUGAAUAUAACAAAAUAUCAAUACAUAACGGAAAAUAAGGUGACACGAAGAAAGUACAUAUGUUAACUAUAAUGCAGAAAAUAUAUUAAUUAAUGAAACUGU